ACUCCCUUGAGCCCACCUAUCAGCAGCUACAGAAGAUGAAGCUGGACAAGAGCCCGUUCGUGGUCGUGUCCGUCAUCGGCCAGGAGCUCCUGACCCACGGUUUCCAUGGAGCCUCUGUCGUGGUGCUGGAGGCCGGGCUGAAGAUCGGUACGUGCUCACUGAAGCUGCGCGGCUCCGUCUUCUCGGCCCUGAGCUCGGCCUACUGGUCCUUAGGGAACGCUGAGAAGAGCAUGGCCUACAUGCAGCAGGACUUGGAGGUGACAAAGACUUUAGGUGACCAGUCAGGGGAAUGCCGUGCACACGGGAACCUCGGCUCUGCGCUCUUCUCCAAAGGCAGCUACAGAGAAGCACUGGCCAAUCACAGGAACCAGCUGGUGCUGGCCAUGAAGCUCAAGGACAGAGAAGCUGCAUCCGGCGCCCUCAGCAGCCUGGGCCAUGUGUACACAGCCAUCGGCGACUACCCCAACGCACUGGCCAGCCAUAAACAGUGUGUGAUGCUGGCACGACAAACCCGGUGCCUGCUCUCAGAGGCUCGCCAGCUGGGCAACAUGGGCGCCGUGUACACAGCGCUGGGAGACUUCACCAACGCUGUUCAGUGCCAUGAGCAGCACCUGGAUAUCGCAAAGACUCUGGAGAACCAACGUGAGGAGGCGCGGGCCUACAGCAACCUGGGCAGCGCCUACCACUCUCAGCGGGACUUUAACAAGGCCAUAUCCUACCAUACACAAGUCCUGGAGUUGGCACAAGACCUGGGCGACAGAGCCAUUGAGAUGAGGGCAUAUGCUGGUCUGGGGCACACUGCCCGGUGCAUGCAGGACCUGGAGACGGCGCAGCAGCACCACCAACAGCAGCUGGAAAUCGCCCAGGAGCUGCAGGACCGAGCAGCGCAGGGCAGAGCGUCUUCCAACCUGGGCAUCAUCCACCAGAUGAAGGGGGAGUAUGAGACGGCACUGAAGCUACACAAAGCCCACCUGUCCUUGGCACAGGAGCUGGGUGACUAUGCUGCCCAGGGGAGGGCCUACGGUAACAUGGGCAACGCCUAUCACGCGCUCGGCGUCUGCGACCAAGCUGUCCGGUACCACCGACAGGAGUUACAGAUCUCACUGGAGGUGAAUGAUCGCCCCUCACAGGCCUCCACACACGGUAACCUCGCUGUGGCAUACCAGGCACUGGGCGCUCACGACCGAGCUCUCCAGCACUACCUUCAUCACUUGACUGUCGCCCGAGAGCUCCGAGACUCUCAAAGCGAAGCACGAGCACUAGCAAACCUGGGCAACUUCCACAGCUGGAGGGGUGAAUACGCUCAGGCCUUGCCAUACUACCAGCAGUACCUGGCUCUGGCCCCAGGCCUGCAGGAUCUUCAGGGAGAAGGCAAAGUCUGCCACAACCUCGGCUAUGCUCACUGCUGCCUCGGACAGUACCGAGACGCCGUCAGGUAUUAUGAGCAGGACCUGGCCUUGGCAAAGGACCUCCAAGACAAACUAGCCCAGGCAAAAGCCUACUGCAACCUUGGUCUGGCCCACAAAGCACUGGGGGAGUACAACAAAGCUGAGGAGUGUCAGAGACACCUGCUCUCUCUAGCACAAGCCCUGGAUAACACACAGGCAGUUUUCAGGGCCUUUGGGAACCUCGGCGAUGUGUGCGUGUGUCGGGGCGACCUACCAGGAGCACUGAGGUUCUACCAGCAGCAGCUAAGCCUCGCUCAGAAGGUCGUUGAUCAGAAGAUGGAGGCUGAUGCUUACUCAGCACUUGGAUCAGUUCACAGGCUGCUCCGCCAGCUGGACACAGCCUUGUCCUUCCAUAGCCAGGAGCUGACACUCCGAAAGGAUCUAGGUGAUCAGCAGGGGGAGUGCCGCGCCCUUGGCCACCUGGCAGCAGUGCAUAUGUCUCUGGGAGACUACGCUACAACCUUCCAGUGUUAUGAGGCCCAGCUGGGCCUCACGCAGGGGCUCAGGGAUGCUCGUCUAGAGGCCCAGGUCCAUGGGAACAUGGGCAUCACCAAGAUGAACAUGGGAGUGUAUGAGGAAGCUAUUGGCUAUUUUGAGCAGCAGCUGGCCAUGUUACAGCAGCUGAGUGGACCUGAGAGCAUGCUGGACAGAGGCAGGGCCUACGGGAACCUGGCAGACUGCUAUGAUGCUCUGGGAGACUAUGAGGAGGCUAUUCAGUACUAUGAGAAGUACCUGACGGUGGCUCAGAGUCUCAACCAUGUCCAGGACCAGGAGAAGGCCUACAGAGGGCUUGGUAGUGCACACAGGUCCAUGGGUAGUCUCCAGCAAGCCCUGGUGUGUUUUGAGAAGCAGUUGGUGGUGGCCCAUGAGCUGGGCGGGGACGGAGGGGGAAAGGCUCAGGCGUACUGGGAGCUGGGCACCUUACACAGCCAGCUGGGCAAUUAUGAGCAGGCCCUCUCCUGCCUGGAGCACCAGCUCAACAUUGCACGUGCAGCAGGGGAUAAAUCCCUGGAAGCAGAGGCAAGUGAUGCACUUGGAGGUGUUUAUCAGCUGAUGGCAGACAAUGAGACAGCGCUGCAGUGGCACCAAAGGGCUCUGGAUAUAGCGGAGCAGAUGGGAUGUGUGAGGAGCCAGGGCCGAGCCUACGGCAACUUGGGGCUGACCUACGAAGCUCUAGGAAACUAUGAGCGGGCUGUGGUGUUUCAAGAGCAGCACCUGAGUGUGGCAGCACAGACCAAUGACCUGGCAGCUAAAACUCUGGCCUACGGAAGCCUGGGAAGGAUCCACCAUGCACUGCAGAACUAUGCACAGGCUGUGAUGUACCUACAGGAAGGUCUGCGUCUGGCAGAACAGCUGAGCCGCAGAGAAGAUGAAGCUAAGAUACGCCAUCGCCUGGGCCUGUCUGUGUGGGCCAGUGGAAACCUGGAGGAGGCACAGCACCAGUUGUACAGAGCCUCUGUUUUAUUUGAGGCAAUUCGUCAUGAGACGCAGCACAGUACGGAUUACAAGCUCUCUCUGUUUGAUCUGCAAACCAGCUCGUACCAGGCUCUCCAGAGAGUCCUCGUCAGCCUAGGCCGGCAUGAUGAGGCGCUGGCCAUAGCUGAGCGAGGGCGAACACGUGCCUUUGCUGAUCUCCUGGUUGAACGCCAGAAAGGAAGUCAAGAAGCAACGAGCACUGACCCGUACAUCCCAGUGACUGUAGAGCACAUCCUGGAGACGGUCAACGGUCAGAGGGCCACGGUCCUCUACUAUUCUCUGGCUGGAGGCUUUCUCUACAGCUGGCUGAUAUCUCCUGGUACAGGUAUCGUGAAGUUUAAUGAAGUGUAUCUCGGAGAGGCCGGAGUGGAGGUAUCUGAGUUUGAGGAUGGCGUUGGGAGCCCGCAGGGCAGAGGAGGAGGUGGAGGGCCUCUGUCUCUGGAGCAGUACAUCUGCAAUGCUAGAGAGGCUCUGGGAGUGGACAGCUACCACAGCAGAGUUUGCUCUAGCAGUGAGACAGAAAGCGAAGCAGGAGAUCUAUUAGAGCAACAUUUUGAGGAGCUGAACGACAAACUCAGGUCGGGCUACUCGUGCACAGUCUCCAGAAACAACCUCUUCAACAGAAGCUGUCAGAGCGUGACCAGCCUGUACAGUGCCACAGUGUCUCCAGCGAAGGACAGCUUAUCCUCUCCUCCUUCCCGACCGAGUAACAUCAACAAACCUCCUCUGCGAGCCCUUUAUGACUUGCUCAUCGCGCCAAUGGAAGGGGGCCUGAUGCACAGUAGUGGACCGGUGGGCAGACACAGACAGCUCGUAUUAGUACUGGAGGGGGAACUCUACCUGAUCCCGUUUGCCUUGCUCAAAGGCAGCUCCUCUAAUGAGUACCUAUAUGAAAGGUUCAGUCUCAUUUCCGUGCCUUCUUUAGCCAGCCUGGGAGCCACAGUGAAGCCUCAUCCUCGCCGCGGUGGCCCCCUAAUUUGCUCAGAUGCUGGUUCAGUGGCUGCAGUGAUUGGGCCUCCUCGCCUGCCCCCCAGUGUGAUGGACCGCUGGCUGUGGGGUCCCUUACCUUCAGCCCAGGAUGAAGCUCUCUGGCUGGGGGAACAGCUGGGAUGUCAUCCCCUAACUGGAGCAAAUGCCACAAAGGAGCGUGUUUUAGCAGCUCUGAAUCAGACGGAGUGUGUUCACUUUGCAACUCAUAUAUCUUGGAAGCUCGCUGCUUUGGUCCUCACCCCCAGCCAGGAGUCUGCUGGAGGAGAGGCCUCAGGUGGCCGACCCAUGGAGAAAUCGUUGUGUGGGGUGACGACCUCUGGCGAGACAGCAGAUCAGGGCAGAAAGGUCAAGGGGUCAUUCUCAAAGAGUCACAGCAGUCCAGAGAGACUUAGAGGAGCAGAUGAAACAAGUGAGGAUGGGGAGAGCGUGUGUGACAGUCCAGCGCUUCAAGACUUCCUCCUCACUGCUGCUGAUAUCCUGGGCCUGUGCUUGAGCAUUAAACUGGUAGUUCUGAGGCUGUACCCAGAGUCCAGCAGCAGGGUGACAGCUGAUGGGCUGGUGGGUCUGACCCGAGCCUUCCUGGCUGCAGGGGUCCAGUGUGUGUGUGUUUCUCUGUGGCCUGUGCCGAUGGCUGCCUCCAAACUGUUCGCACACACAUUCUACACUGCCCUUCUCAGUGGCACCAAAGCCAGUGCAGCUCUGACAGAAGCCAUGAAGACCCUGCAAAGCAGCAAACACUUCUCACAUCCCUCCAACUGGGCUGGCUACAUGCUGAUUGGCAGUGACAUGAAGCUGAACAGCGCUGUGUCACUGGUUGGACAAGCCCUGGCUGAGAUCCUCCAGCACCCUGCCAGGGCCAGGGAUGCCCUCAGAGUGCUGUUACACUUGGUUGAGAAGUCUUUGCAGCGCAUCCAGAGUGGCCAGUGUAAUCCAAUGUACACAUCGCAGCAAAGCGUAGAGAAUAAGGUCGGCGGGGUGCCUGGCUGGCAGGCCCUCCUGUCUGCAGUGGGUUUCCGUUUGGACUUCUCUGGUAGUGGUGCUGGUCUCCCUGCGGCGGUUUUCUUCCCAACGUCAGAUCCCGGGGACCGGCUGCAGCAGUGCAGCACCACCCUGCAGUCUCUGCUUGGUCUUCCUCUUCCCGCUCUGCAGGCGCUCUGUAAACUGGUCCCAGCGUCUGAGGCUGGAGAGCAGCUCAUUCAUAAGCUUCACCAAGUGCUGGUCCAGUUGCAGUCAGGUGACAAAGAGCAGGACUUUUCACUGGCUCCCAUUCAAGUGUCGAUAAGUGUGCAGCUGUGGAGGCUUCCAGGCUGCCACGAGUUCCUGGCAGCGCUCGGGUUUGAUCUCUGUGAGGUGGGUCAGGAGGAGGUCGUGUUGAAGACUGGAAAACAGGCCAGCAGACGCACCGUGCAUUUUGCCCUUCAGUCUCUUCUAGCACUGUUUGACUCCACAGAGCUUCCCAAGCGACUAAGCAUGGACAGUUCGUCCUCUCUGGAGUCUCUGUCCUCCUCCCAGUCCACCUCCCAGCCGCACUCUCUCCCCCUCUCCUUUGGGUGCUACCCUCCUCAGCCCUCCUUCUUCCCCCCAGUCUGCCCAGACAACCUCUCCUGCGACGCCAUCUCCGUCUACAGCUUCAGCUCCCUUGCCUCCUCUCUCUGUUUCCUGUCCUGACCAGAGCCAGCAGGAAGUGACAUCAUCAGCCAGUGCUCACAUCAACAGGAGCCAGAGAGACCUCGUGGAGGAGCAGGCCGCUACGCCUCGCACUGCCAUUCAAAGGGUCAGCUGGCCAAUCAUGGAUGAGGACCAGCAGGAGAAGGGGAGGACAAGGAGUAUGAGGGGUACUCCAUUAUAAGCAGUGAGCCAUUAGGUCGAAGGGGGAGGGACUGUGACACACUGCCGCUACCUGCAGGACACAGACAUGGCAGAGGUGGUGCUGGGAGAGGAUCUGCUGGGGGUCAUGGGUAUCCUCUAACAGUUUCCUCCAAGGGAAGCAUCAGCACACCUACAUCUCCAAUUAAAGCUCCGCCACUGGCCCUCACAGUGGCAACCAGCACCAAGCUCAAGCAGGAAACCUCAUCUCCUCAGAGGACUGAGAAAGGGAAGGUUAGCAGCUCUGAGUCAGACCAGUCGAGUACUGAGACAGACAGCACAGUCAAGUCUCAGGAAGAGAGGACGGGGCCUGCUGGACAACUGGAUCCCCAGGCACUGGUCCAGAAGAUCCUGGAGGAGACCCAGAGCCACAGGGAAGCUGUGGAGAGCCUGCAGAAGGUAAAGACACUGAGGGCGCCUGAGGGGAGAGAAGAGACUCAUGACAGACAGUCAUCGCUUUCUGCUACCAUCAGUCCAACUCUGACUCCAGCAGGAGGAACACGAGUGUUUCAGCCCUCUGAGACCAGUGCGUUUAGCAGACCACCCAGUAGAGCAAGUCUAAAAGCCUCUUCGUCUCCUCUGUCGCUCUCUGCUCAUCUUUCACCCCUCUCCACCUCUGUCUCAACACCUCUUCCAGCUCGGCCUAAACCACCAUCCCGCUCGUCCUCGCUGCAGAAAAUCAGCUCAGGCUACAGCAGCCCAGCUCAUUCCUCUCCCUCUUUACGUCUCUCUGUGAAAGGGCAGGCUUCACCCUCCCCAGAUGUGAAACUGAAAUACCCUACCUCUCUGUACACCGCCCACAUCUCACCUUCCCCAUCGCCAGCUCUUUCCUAUUCCUCAACAGGAUCCAUUUCGGCCUCGUCCAGCCCUGCCAACACCCCCAAACUAAACCAGUCCCAACAGAACAAAGUUCAGGCAGUUCAUAACUUAAAAACCUUCUGGGCCAGUGCUGGCCAGAAGCAUGAGGAGCCCUGUCCUGCCAGUUUACUUCGAGGUGGAAACAAAAAGAUGAGUACAGUCCAGAAAGAUGUUUUGGGUUUGCUGAAUCUCUCACCUAGACCUGAGUCUGUCAGUAAAAAUGUCAAUGAAGCUGAGGAUCACAACACUGACAACAGACCAAACGGUCACCCAAACCUGGAGGCGAAACCACCAUCACCUCCAUUUUCUAAUCGUCCCACAAACUCUAAAGGAAGCAUCAGACUUCGCUCUGGGAAUGGCUACAAGUUCCUCUCACCAGGACAUUUUUUCCCAUCUUCUAAAUGUUGAGAUUUUUAAUAUUUGCCACUCCAGGCCCGGAGCUAUUAGGCCGUCUUCUGUUUCUUUUUCUGCAUUUGCACAAUGACAGAAGCUGUCAGCAAAACACAACCACAUUUUUAGCAAUACCCGCUGAAGAGAAAGAAUUUAAAAAGUACUGUUUCAUUACUGACUGUGAUUUUACACGUCAUUACCUUUUUGUGAAGUUAAUGUUUUAAAUGUGAUGACUGUGCCUUUUUCUGGAGAAAGCUAGAAAGAAAGACCGACUUUUAUUGUGUUUUCAUGCCUGAGUAGAGUGCACGUGUCUCAGUGCCUCACAAUGCACUGAAAAUAAACUGACUGAGAAAAGGAGAACAGUUUGUCAGAUUUAACACUCACUGUAUUUGUGUAAGUUAACCUGAAUUUGAGCUUGAUUUAUCAUGUAUUAAUUAGUGUUAAAUGUCAUUAUCAGUGCUUACUGUUGUCAUUUAUUUUGUAAAGUAAACUGUGUUACAGUCUUUAUUAAACAUUUUAUAAGGACAAAACCAGGAAGAAGUCAAGAUUAAAGUAAACUUUUUGAUACUUUUAUGGAGAUUUGAUUUCAUGUGUGACUGUCAGCAUGGUACCUUUUGCUGUUGAGUGUUUCCUAUUGUACAAUUUAGCAGCGGUGCCAGACUUUUGUUCAGAGACAUCACAGUUCUCAAGAACUUGCCAAAUAAAAAUGUUUUUCCUUCUCUUGCUUUGAUGGCCAUAAUGAAGCCAACAGUUCUUCAGACAUGUUU